AUGCUCGUUGCUCCCUUCCCCGGGGCGGUGCAUCCCAGCCGCGGCAGGGCGGUGGCAGGGCGGUGCCGGUGCCCGUGCCCGAGCCCGAGCCCGAGGCGGCGGCAGAGCGGCGGCAGGGCGGGCCCCGGCGGCCGGGCGGGGCGGUGCCAGUGCCUGGGGUGGUGUCCGUGCCCGGGGCGGUGUCAGUGCCCGGCGGUGGCGGGGCGGGCCCCGGGGCAGGGCGAGGUGGAGCCGUCGAGAAGCGCGACCGAUGCCGAUGGGAGCCCGGGAGAGGCUGCGGGCAGGUGGAUGCCCAUGGCUUUUAGCCCGGGGCUGCUGGUGGUGGCCGGCUCCUUUGCCGCUUUCCGCCUGUUGAACCGGGAGCUGGAGCGGUUGGUGCCGCCGCCGCCCUCGGCCCGCCGCAACCGCUGGAAGUGGCGCAACAUCUGGACGUCGCUGGCCCACAGUGUGCUCAGCGGCGGCGGGGCGCUGGCCGGGUUCUGUCUCCAUCCUGAGCUGUCCGAGGACCUGGUGGGCACGCACCCGCCCGGGGCGCACAGCCUGGUUGCUGUAUCUGUAGGUUAUUUCCUCGAAGACUUUGUGGACAUGUUGUGCAAUCAGAAACUUCACCAGUCCUGGGAGCUGCUCUUCCAUCACUCUGUGGUGAUUGUCUGCUUCGGUAUUGCAGUGCUGCUCCACCAGUACGUGGGGUUCGCCCUGGUGGCUUUACUGGUGGAGAUCAACUCCAUCUUCCUCCACCUGCGGCAGAUCCUGCUCAUGGCCAACUUGGUGCACACCACUUGCUACCGCCUGAACAGCGUCAUCAACCUGGGCACCUACGUGGUGUUCCGCAUCGCCACGCUAGCCUGGAUGGCUCGCUGGCUUCUCCUCAACCGGCAGAACGUGCCCCCAGCAGCCUACGCUGUGGGCACGCUGGGCAUGGCAAUCAUGAUGCCCAUGAACAUCAUCCUCCUCUACCGCCUGCUGCGGAGUGACUUCUGCAAGUCCAGCCGGGACGUGCAGCAGGAGAAGGAGCAGUAGCUCCCUACCCAGCAGGGUCCAGGGGAUGAGCAGCCCCCAGCCUGUGGAGGAGGAGGACAGCAAAGCAAGGUGGAAAGUGGCUGUUUCAGUACCUUCAGCUGAGGGUCCACACUAACAGAGCAUGUGAGCUGGUCGCUGCAGAUCCUUGGCCCUUGGCAGAGAAGGUGCUCAUGGAGCAGGCUGUGCUCCCCCUGCACCUUUGGAUGACACGGUUGGACGACUGGGAGCUGCUCAGAGAAGCCUCAGCAGCUCCUGCAGCUCCCUGAAGCACUGCUGAGUUAAGAUGGGAGCUGAAGAGCAGUGAUUCUCCAUUGCUCUUCUGGAUAUCCAAACACCACACUGUGUUUCUAACCCCCUUGGUGCUGCAGCCCACAGCAUCCCAUCCAUCACAGGAUGAUGUGCUCAGCCCUGCAUUCUCUGUGGCACUUCCCAUGGGACCACCACCAGGAAAGAGACUCUUCAAGGUUUGCCCUCAAGGCUAGGGCCAGUAAAAGCCAAAUCCUGCAUUCCUGAGUCCUCCCCAAGGAGAUUGUCCCAGAUGGGUGAUGGAGGGAGAGGCUGAGACCUAUCUGGUUGGGCUGCUGCCUGCUGUGGGGGCCAGACUGGGGACAGAGCACAGGGCAGUGGAUGCUGCAAUGCUGCGCUCAGGGAUGGGCAGCCAGCUUCUCCUGACAACUGGAGCUUUUUCUGUGCUGUUUUGCUCCCAGAUACAGUAAGUGCCCACAAAUGAACAUGGGAGAGCAUGAGUGGGUGGCUGGGAUGAUGCUGUACGAAGGUCACUCCCCACAGAUGUGGAGUUUUCAGGCACAGGCAUCUGCUGGGAUUUAGGCUUGUAUCAGGAAUGGAAACUUCUGCUGCACAGCCCAGUGUAAUGCUCUUGCCCAGCAGCAAGAGCUCUUACUAACACAAGAUUUUAAUAAAUGGCUGCAAAUGAAACUGCCUGAGGGGAAGAGGCUUAGAGGAAGACAAGAGACUGUGCAUCCCAGCCUGCUCCAGGGGUGCCACUGCUUAGCACAGUGCUUCUGAUCCUAUAUCUCCCCCACCAUGGAGUAAAAAUACUUUGUAUGCCGGCACAGACUACCUCUCCUGGGCUUUUUCCACCCCCUCCUUUCUAUGGAGGAAGAUGAAAGUUUCUCCUGUUCCUGCUGAUGCUUCCCUGCCCUCUCAGGCAAGUAGAGGCUGUGUUUUCCUUGGGGCUGGCAACUGGGAGGCUAAAUGGUGGCAGGAUGUGUGCCAGCUCCCACCGCGGCUCUACCUUUGGCCCUGCUGCACCAAGCUGCUUGUGACCUGUGGGGUUGGGGAGGUGCUGGCUGUGCAAUGGGGCAGGCUGCAGGCAGAGCACCCAGCACGUGGCUUCCCUGCUCUUAUUCCCAACACUGGAUGCCAGCCCACAGCAAAGCUAUGAUCCUUGUGGUUCACUCUGUCUCUUGAGGCUUCCUAGG